GGUGUUUGCACUUUUAGAUAAGAGGCUAUUUUAAAUUUAAUUUUUAAAAAUUUAUUUAUUCACCCAUUGCAAGGCUAUGUGUGUGUGUUCUGUGCAGGUUCUGGGGAUUGGACUCAGGUCAUCAGGCUUGAUGGCAAAUGCUUUUGACCUACUGAGAUGUCUUGUAAGCUCCACGAUGAUUUUAGACUUUUAAAGCUUGCUUCACUGGGCAAACCUAGUAGUCAUGUAUCUCAUCAAUGGAUUCUGGGUUAGCCAACUGUGUAGUUAGAGUUGGAUAUGCAAGGCUAGGUUUGAAUCUUGGGUCCACAGAAAAGAGCAUUGCAUCAGGGUCCACCGUGAUUACAUUGAUGACUGAAUUCCUAGAGCCCAUGCUUGAAUCCUCAGAUCAGUGGGGCCACGAUCUUAUGAUUGAGGACUGCCUUAACAUGUUGAUAUUGAAAUGAACCUGAAAACUGAGCCUCCAGUGGCCAUGUUAACGAACUCAAGCCCGUGGGCAUGGGUUUGUUCCUGAAUCUACAAUCGCUGUCCUGGAAAUGAGCCCUGGAAAUGGGACAAUCUGGUGGCUGGCCUGAGGUAUCAUCCUGGAGCCUGGGUCUGCAGGGUCAGCCUGAUAACUGGGAUUUCCUGGAAUGGACUUGUUUACAUCUGUCUUUAUUCAUAGGGAACACAUCGCCAUUCUGUGCUGCCCAGGCUUAGUAGCAGGGUUUUAUGGUUAAAGUGAAGGAUCGAACACUCUUCAAUGCCUAUUCACUAUGUCCACAGUUUCACCGGGGGCUGUAACCUAUCAUCUGGCUUUCUUAACACUUGGAAAGGCAUGGGGAAUUGUUCCCAUGGAUUCUUCUGCAAAGGGAUGCGUGGUGGAGAUUCCAAUUUUGUCAUGGUGUUUACAUGACUUUCUGGAAUCGGUAACAUAUUAAGUACUUGAACCUGGACUGGAAGGUCCAUGGACUGUAUUGACAGGUCAAACAGAAGACACUGAUGCCAGAAGCCCAGUGUCAACACUGGAGCCAAGCAGAGACCAACCUCAGUGCCAUAUUCGGAGAGCUUGAAGACUAGCUUCAUGUGAAGACUCCUUCUCCUCCAGCAGCACAAAGCAACCAUCCUUCCAGGAUGAUUUUAUUCAAACAAGUGGGUUAUUUUGUUUCCUUGUUCGCUACAGUUUCCUGUGGGUGUCUGUCACAACUGUAUGCAAAUACCUUCUUCAGAGGUGGGGAUCUGGCUGCCAUCUACACCCCGGAUGCCCAGCACUGUCAGAAGAUGUGCACGUUUCACCCCAGGUGCCUGCUCUUCAGCUUCCUUGCCGUGAGUCCAACCAAGGAGACAGAUAAAAGGUUUGGGUGCUUCAUGAAAGAGAGCAUUACAGGGACUUUGCCAAGAAUACACCGGACAGGGGCCAUUUCUGGUCAUUCUUUAAAACAGUGUGGCCAUCAAUUAAGUGCUUGCCACCAAGACAUAUACGAAGGACUGGAUAUGAGAGGGUCCAACUUUAAUAUAUCUAAGACCGACAGUAUUGAAGAAUGCCAGAAACUGUGCACAAAUAAUAUUCACUGCCAAUUUUUCACAUAUGCUACAAAAGCAUUUCACAGACCAGAGUACAGGAAGAGUUGCCUGCUGAAGCGCAGUUCAAGUGGAACGCCCACCAGUAUAAAGCCAGUGGACAACCUGGUGUCUGGAUUCUCACUGAAGUCCUGUGCUCUCUCAGAGAUCGACCUGAAUGUAAGCCAUGUCGUCACCCCCGAUGCCUUCGUGUGUCGCACCGUUUGCACCUUCCAUCCCAACUGCCUCUUCUUCACAUUCUACACGAAUGAGUGGGAGACGGAAUCACAGAGGAAUGUUUGUUUUCUUAAGACAUCUAAAAGUGGAAGACCAAGUCCCCCUAUUAUUCAAGAAAAUGCUGUAUCUGGAUACAGUCUCUUCACCUGCAGAAAAGCUCGCCCUGAACCCUGCCAUUUCAAGAUUUACUCUGGAGUUGCCUUCGAAGGGGAAGAACUGAACGCGACCUUCGUGCAGGGAGCAGAUGCGUGCCAAGAGACUUGUACAAAGACCAUCCGCUGUCAGUUUUUUACUUACUCAUUGCUUCCCCAAGACUGCAAGGCAGAGGGGUGUAAAUGUUCCUUAAGGUUAUCCACGGAUGGCUCUCCAACUAGGAUCACCUAUGAGGCACAGGGGAGCUCUGGUUAUUCUCUGAGACUGUGUAAAGUUGUGGAGAGCUCUGACUGUACGACAAAAAUAAAUGCACGUAUUGUGGGAGGAACAAACUCUUCUUUAGGAGAGUGGCCAUGGCAGGUCAGCCUGCAAGUAAAGUUGGUUUCUCAGAAUCAUAUGUGUGGAGGGUCCAUCAUUGGACGCCAAUGGAUACUGACGGCUGCCCAUUGCUUUGAUGGGAUUCCCUAUCCAGACGUGUGGCGUAUAUAUGGCGGGAUUCUUAAUCUGUCAGAGAUUACAAACAAAACGCCUUUCUCAAGUAUAAAGGAGCUUAUUAUUCAUCAGAAAUACAAAAUGUCAGAAGGCAGUUACGAUAUUGCCUUAAUAAAGCUUCAGACACCGUUGAAUUAUACUGAAUUCCAAAAACCAAUAUGCCUGCCUUCCAAAGCUGACACAAAUACAAUUUAUACCAACUGCUGGGUGACUGGAUGGGGCUACACAAAGGAACGAGGUGAGACCCAAAAUAUUCUACAAAAGGCAACUAUUCCCUUGGUACCAAAUGAAGAAUGCCAGAAAAAAUAUAGAGAUUAUGUUAUAACCAAGCAGAUGAUCUGUGCUGGCUACAAAGAAGGUGGAAUAGAUGCUUGUAAGGGAGAUUCCGGUGGCCCCUUAGUUUGCAAACAUAGUGGAAGGUGGCAGUUGGUGGGUAUCACCAGCUGGGGCGAAGGCUGUGCCCGCAAGGAGCAACCAGGAGUCUACACCAAAGUUGCUGAGUACAUUGACUGGAUAUUGGAGAAGAUACAGAGCAGCAAGGAAAGAGCUCUGGAGACAUCUCCAGCAUGAGGAGGCUGGGUACUGAUGGGGAAGAGCCCAGCUGGCACCAGCUUUACCACCUGCCCUCAAGUCCUACUAGAGCUCCAGAGUUCUCUUCUGCAAAAUGUCGAUAGUGGUGUCUACCUCGCAUCCUUACCAUAGGAUUAAAAGUCCAAAUGUAGACACAGUUGCUAAAGACAGCGCCAUGCUCAAGCGUGCUUCCUGCCUUGAGCAACAGGAACGCCAAUGAGAACUAUCCAAAGAUUACCAAGCCUGUUUGGAAAUAAAAUGGUCAAAGGAUUUUUAUUAGGUAGUGAAAUUAGGUAGUUGUCCUUGGAACCAUUCUCAUGUAACUGUUGACUCUGGACCUCAGCAGAUCACAGUUACCUUCUGUCCACUUCUGACAUUUGUGUACUGGAACCUGAUGCUGUUCUUCCACUUGGAGCAAAGAACUGAGAAACCUGGUUCUAUCCAUUGGGAAAAAGAGAUCUUUGUAACAUUUCCUUUACAAUAAAAAGAUGUUCUACUUGGACUUGA